CUUUUUUUUUAUGACAAUCUCACCAUUAUACCAAUAUCUUGAUGCUCAUAAACUCAAUCUUAUAGUUACAAAACAAAAAGGAAAAUCGAUAAUAUCAACUGAUCACCGUGAAAGAGGCAGUAUCCUUAUCACUUCACAACCUCUAGCUAUUGUCUCUGUCAGCGACGACUAUUGUCAUCACUGUCUUCGUCAAUCACAUUAUACGACCUUACAACGAUGUUCUCGAUGUAAAGCUGCUUACUUUUGUGGAAUGGAUUGUUUCAAGUUGGCUUGGAUUCACUAUCAUCGUUAUGUAUGUGGGGAUAAAGUUGACCAUCGAACAGCAGACGAAGAAUUAUUGGAAAGAAUGGUAUGUCGACUUAUACAUUACAAACAGCAAUAUGCACAUAUCAUUCAACAAUUAUCGGAACUUGCUGAUAAAGUAUUACAACGUCCUUAUCUUCGACAACCAGCAACCCAUUAUGGCAUUAGUCAUGAUGAUUUGAUACGACUUCAAAGCCAGUUCCAGUGCAACGCCAUGUCGGUGGAAGAUGAACAUUUAUUUGUCGUGGGUGAAGGGAUCUAUCCGGUGGCCUCGUUCUUCAAUCAUUCAUGUCGACCCAAUGCAGCUGCUGUCUUUGAUGGCUCUUUACUUAUCAUCAAGGCGAUUGAACCCAUCCGUUCUGGCGAGGAAAUUACUUUGGCAUAUAUUGAUAUCGGGCGAUCAAGGGGUUAUCGACAACGAAAUUUACGAGAUCGGUAUUUCUUUACUUGUGAUUGUGUACGAUGCAAUGAUCAAGGUUGGUUACGAUUAUUAGAUAGAAUGAGACGACGACGACGGAAAAACACGGAUCAGUUGGAUACCUUACGACAACACAUCGAUCAUUGGGAUUUGCUUACACUCAGCCGACAAUAUGAUAGAUUAAAAAACAUUCAUCCUGAUCCAUCACAACCUCUCACUUUGGGUACUUUUACUCAUCAUAUGCUUCAACUAUUCACUCCUUAUAUUUGGUCAGUCACCAUUUUGACCAAAGCUAUGGAAACAUGUCUAUCUUUUCCUGUAGAUUCUCAUCAUACGUCCAUUAUACCCUCUACAUCAACAAGAGGCAUGGCAUCCAUUCCUGUGUUUCGGAUUUCAACAUUGACAGGUGUGCAGCGAUUAUUUUAUGAAUCCAUGAGCAAUCAACAUUGGCCAUUUGCAGUCAAGUGUGGUCUUUAUAUCCUGAUUCAAUAUUGUUUCUUAUACCCUCCUUAUCAUCCGAUGAUGGCGCAUCAUCUGAUCAUGUUGGCGAAAUCUGGUUGGAAUUUUAUUGUUCAAGAUCGUAUUCGGGAAAAGGUCUAUGCACGAGGUGUACGUCGUUGGAUUGCUUUGGCCAAGGAAACUGCAAAAUAUUCGUUUGGUAUCCAUGGUUGUCAUUAUAAGGAAGCCGUUAGUUUAGAAGUUUUGUUUAGAAAGGAACAUCAAUUGGUUUUAGGAUGA